AUGUCUAGCCACGCCUCCACAGUCAUGGACAGGCCUCACCCCUUCCUGAGCUUGCCCCCAGAGAUCAUCACUUGCAUCGUUGACAAUAUGCUUGAGAUGAACCAUGACUGUGAGCAGCCCAAAUGGUGGUGGUCUUCGCCUGGUAAUAGCCCAGGCUUUAACCCUUUGCAAAGAUACAAGGACGCACUCAGCCUUGCUAGAUCUUGCAGGACCUUUUACACCCUCCUCACCAAGCAGAUUUAUCGCGCUGACGUGUGGAACAACAACUCGGCUGCACUGUUGAGGUCGGCCAAGAAUGGUAGCUUGGAAGGCGUCAGACGAUCUAUCGAGGCUGGAGCCGACAUUAUAACCGGCGACACUACCGAGUCAAUCGUUUUCAGUGACAUCAAUGGUGAGGUCAAGGGUUUAUUCUUGAACACAUGGUAUCCCCUGGACCUUAGCGACCAGGUCACUGCUCUCCAUUGGGCUGCCUACCUUGGCCACAAUAACGUUGUCUCUCUUCUGCUUGAACACGGAGCCGACGUGAACCAUCGCGUCCGUGUUGAAGGUAUUGAUGACGCUAUAGAACGUCACAACGACUACGAAGAAGACCUGGAAUCGUACCCCGUCAAAUUUAGCUGCGAUGUCUUGACAGAUAAUCUCGAACAUAGCCUUAUUUGUCUUGAAGGUAUCCCGAAAGAAGUGGCCAGAUGGACUCUGGAACAUGGAGCGAAUCCUCUCUACUUUGCCAUCGAAGGAGGUAACUGGGAUACGGUAAAGUUACUCAUCGAUGCUGGUGCGGACUUUGUCACGCAUACUGGAAGUGGAAUCCAUGCUCUUCAUCAAGCUGUAAGCAACUGCAACCCUCAUCUGGUUGAGUUGCUGCUGGAGCAUGAGUCCGUCGCUGCCAAUACCAACACCAUAUUGGAUACGCGCCGCGCAACAGCUCUACAUCAUCUCAACUAUGAAAGGGACGGAAACGUGUCCAAGAACUGCGAUAUAAUCAAGCAACUCGUCAAGAACGGCUUUCAGGUCAACAAUACAGAUGGCUUCGAUGCUUUGCCCAUCGAGGAAGCUAUAAUGCACCGAUCGUAUAAAGUCGUGUCGCAGUUCAUCCGAUCUGGUUCGCUGAUACCCGGUGAGCUAUCUUUCAGAUUCUACAGACACAUCUCCCCUCCUUCUCCAGAGAUACAAAAGGCGUUGAAGGAAGCCGGACGCAGCGGCCUUGCUGAUAUCUGGCAUCGCUCAGCUCCUGUGAUGCUUACCACGUCUCUGGCGAUGAUACGAACGUACCGCCAUUUCUAUAAGCUCGUCUACCAGGCAAGUGAAAUCCCCGAACCUAUGAACUCUUAUGACCCUGGCCAGUGGGAAGUUUUUUGGAUAGGGAGCCCGGUUCACAUCGAACGGACAGAGUUGGGCGGAUUAAUUAAGAUGAGGUACUGA